GUAUCAUUUUAUUGCUUUGACAUGUUUUGGAAACAUUUGAUUCACAGUUGUACAGAAAACAAUCUUAGGUGCAGUACUGCACGGAAAUACCGUAAAAGAAAUUUAUAUUAAUUUAAUUAUUGAGAUCUAAAUAAAUAAUGUUUUUGAUCAUUGCUUUGACUUGUAUAAUUUAUCACUCCGUCGCCGCCGACACCCAGGAGGUACAGGAAUCCCAACAAUACUAUAGGAUCUCUAUGGUGUCAUCACACGAGAACCCAGGCAGCCCCGCCCUGUUCGUACACGGGGAGAGUCCCGUGUGGGACCCCGAGCAACAGAGUCUCUACUUUGUCGACGUACGCGACAGCAACGUACAUCGACUCGACUAUGUAUCCGGCAAGAUUUAUACUAAACAUAUCAACUACGGUGAAGUCAACGUGGUAUCCCUAGUAGCGGGCUCCCACCGGCUACUGAUAGCCGUACGCUCCUCCCUGUACCUGUUAGACUGGGCUAUCGCUGGAGACUCAGCGCUACGGCUACUGACCACUAUGGACGUGGGUCUACCUGACAACGUCAUCAAUGAAGGGAAACCUGACGCUGAAGGGAGGUUUUGGGCAGGUACAAAAGGCCCACAGACAGGUGACGAAGUCGUUCCAGACAAGGGAUCAUUCUACAGUGUGGAACAAGAAAGUUUCACCCACCCUCGCACGCAACUGCGGCCAGUUUCCAUCUCAAACGGCAUCGUGUGGUCACUCAACAAUACAGUGCUGUACUACAUCGACUCGCCCACGCAGAAAAUUGAAGCUUUCGACUUUGAUUUGCAAAGAGGAGACUUAUCCGCUAGAAGAACGGUGAUAGACAUAUCAAGCGUUGGCUACGAGGACGCGAUCCCUGACGGCAUGACCAUCGACAGCCACGGGAACCUCUGGAUAGCUCUCAUGUUUGGCGGCACUGUCCUACACGUGGACCCAGACACCAGACAAAUAGUGUUCGGCUACAAGCUACCUGUGUCCCGAGUAACGUCAGUCUGUUGGGGCGGGCCCAACCUGGACGAGUUGUUCGUGACAACUGCUCGAGACAACUUAGAUGCCGCUGCGGAGCCGCUAGGGGGCGCUAUCUUCACGAUACGAGGCACUGGGAGUCGUGGCGUCGAACCUCAUACCUUCCGAUUCGAUAACGCAGAUUUUUACUAUACGUGGGUUAUUGUUACGUUUUGCCAUUUAUAUUUUAUCGAACCAGUCAUUCUGUAUCACGUAAAACAUAUAACACCAAAUCAGUUUAAUACAUUUGAGUACACGAAUCUUACAUUCUCUCACGCGGAGAGUCCGGUAUGGGAUCCUGACAUCGAGACCUUGUACUGGGUGGACGUGCUGCAACAGGACGUGCACUCUCUGGACUAUAAAACCAAGCAACAUAAGGUUAAACAUAUUAACUACGGCGAGGUGAACAUAGUGAUUCCAAUAAAGAAUAGCAGUCGACUGUUAGUUGGCGUCAGGAACGAGCUGCACAUAAUGGACUGGAGUUUGCCCGGGGAUUCUGCCCUGAGGUUCGUGGCGGCUUUUGACCAAGGCUUGCCUGACAACAUUCUGAACGAAGGGAUCGUCGACGCUAUGGGCAGAUUUUGGGGAGGAACAAAAGGUCAUCAGCACGGCAAUGAUGUGGUUUACGACGAGGGUGCGCUGUAUAGUCUGGAGCCGCCUCACUUCGUGCCACAGAUCCGACUGAAGCCGGUAUCCAUAUCUAACGGACUCGUCUGGUCACUGAACAACACCAUAAUGUAUUAUAUCGACUCGCUCUCAAGGAGAAUUGAAGCAUUCGAUUUUAAUUUAGAAAGAGGACACAUAAGCAGACGUCGUACGAUCCUGGAAUUAGACGAAUAUUGGGAUGACGAAGUUAUAGCAGACGGUAUGACUAUCGACAAGGAUGGAUUCAUUUGGAUAGCUCUUAUGUUCCAUGGCUGUAUAGUACGCAUCAACCCUGACAAGAGGACAAUAGUGGAACGCUACAAGCUGCCUGUUACUUUAACAACGUCAUUAACCUGGGGCGGGCCCAAACUGGAUGACCUGAUCGUCACCACUUCUAGAAGGAAUAUGAGCCCCGAAACAUUAAAGCAACAACCACUGGCUGGCUCCGUCUUCAUUCUACAUAAUAUGGGCACUUCUGGUGUCAGAGAAUAUAAAUUCGUUUUUACUAACGCUGAUACUUAUAAAUAAAA